GUCUUUUCUUCUCUCCCUUCCCCUUUAUUUUGUUCUUCUUCUUCUUCUCUUUUUUUUUAAUUGCUGUUAAUUCCCUUGCUUGGUUGCUCUUAAGAAUCACUCAAUGUCAUUUUCAAAGAAGAAAGGAAAAGGUUCACCUUCACCUUCAUCCCUAAGAGACGAUGAAUAUAGUCAGGUCAUCGAAGGCAUCAAGAAGAUCUACAAUUCAAAAAUCAAACCAUUGGAAACAACCUAUAAUUUUGAAGGAUUCCAUUCUGCACCAUUAACCGACUCUGAUAUUGACGCAAAGCCUAUUAUAUUGCUUAUUGGACAAUAUUCAACGGGAAAAACAACUUUCAUUCGUUACCUUCUUGACAAAUCUUAUCCUGGAGAGCAUAUUGGUGUUGAACCAACCACAGAUAGAUUUGUGGCUGUUAUGCAUGGCGAAGAGGACCGUGUGAUGCCAGGAAAUGCUGCUGCUGUUAACCAAGAUUUACCUUUCCGGGGUCUCAAUCGAUUUGGACAAGCAUUUUUAUCAAGAUUCCAAGUGUCCCAAACAAAUUCGCCUACAUUGGAGAAUAUGACAAUCAUAGAUACUCCGGGUAUUUUGGCUGGUGAUAAGCAACGCAUCGAACGUGGCUAUGAUUAUACCCAAGUAAUUGAAUGGUUUGCCCAGCGUGCCGAUCUUAUCAUUCUCAUGUUUGAUUCCCACAAACUCGACAUCUCAAACGAAUUCAAACUGGCCAUCCACAGUCUACGUGGCCAGGAAGAAAAGGUUCGAGUUGUUCUGAACAAGAGUGACAUGGUCAACCAGCAACAAUUGAUGAGAGUGUAUGGCGCCAUGAUGUGGUCUCUUGGAAAAGUAGUACAGACACCCGAAGUCAUGCGCGUGUUCUUGAGUUCUUUCUGGACAGAAAAACCACCCAACAGUUUUGAGGAUUGCCGUGAAUUAAUUGAAGCAGAAUCAAAGGAUCUGUUGCGUGAUCUUAAAGAAUUGAAGAGAAACGCUGCAAUUCGAAAGAUCAAUGAGAUUGUGAAAAGAGCACGCCUGGCCAGAGUUCAUGCUCUUAUUAUCAGUCAUUUAAAGAAAGAAAUGCCAGCUAUGUUUGGCAAAAAGAAGAAGCAGGAGAACCUGCUGAAGAACCUAGAACAAGAGUUCAUGAAGAUCCAGCAAAGACACCAUCUUCCAGCUGGUGAUUUCCCUAAUCCAGAGAAGUUCCGACAGAGUCUGUCAGUGUACGACAUGGACAAAUUUAAACCAUUGAAAGAGGAGCUUAUUGAGCGAGUAGACGAGGCAUUGUCUGUGGACUUGCCGCGCCUGAUGCACAUGUUCCCAAUGAGCAACCCGCAGCUCGAUCAGUCGCAGCGUAACCCGUUCGAGACCCAGGCCAGUCCGGGAGAGUUACCUCCUUCUUACUGGCACUUUGCUUCGAUUGACAAGGCUUCUUAUAUUCCGGUCUUUAACCAACUGGGACCACGUGAGGGAAAAAUCCCGGGAGGAAGUGUCAAGCCAGUAUUGGUUCAGAGUGGACUACCGACCGACACUCUUGCCCAGAUCUGGACCCUAUCUGAUUUUGACGAUGAUGGUUACAUGGACAUUGAUGAGUUCUCUAUUGCCAUGCAUUUGAUAAAGGCAGUCAAGAACGGAGGCACGCUUCCAGAGAAAAUACCAACCACACUGCUUCCCAACCGAAAAUUCUAAAAAAUAAUAAUAAUCAUCAUCAUCAUAAUCAUAAUAAUAAUAAUAAUAAUAAUAAUAACGAAGAAUAUAUCUAACUUUUUAAGCCCUAAUUUAUUCCCCUUUUUUUGAUAUAUAUAAAUAUAUCAUUUUAUUCUU